UUUUUCUAAUAAUAAGGGAUGUUUUUUUCUUAUGAUUAUUCCUCGAUUAGGGUGAUGGGAGAGGUAAGCUCCAGCAAUAUUUUUUUGGUGAGGUAGUAUGAAUCUGGAAGAGGGGGAAAUUUUCAUAAUAAAAAUUAAAUUAAAUGACUUUUGGGGCAAUCAAACCUCAUUACAAUCAUAUAUUAAAAAAAAAUAAUUUAUGUUUAAAGGGACCUGGAGAAGGAAAUUUGUGUUUUUCACAGCCUUGGCCAGGAAUUAUGAGAUCUAUUUGGUGUGAUCAUGAACGUUUUGUUACUAAUUACUUUAGUGCUUAUCCUGGAAAUUAUUUUACUGGAGAUGGUGCACGUAGAGAUGAUGAUGGUUAUUAUUGGAUUACUGGUAGAACGGACGAUUUGAUGAAUGUAUCAGGCCAUCUCCUCUCUACAAGCGAAAUAGAAUCAGCUUUAGCUUUGCAUCCAAAUGUUGUUGAAGCUGCAGUUGUUUCUGCUCCACAUCCAAUAAAAGGGCACUUUCCUUAUGCUUUUGUUGUAUUAUCUAAUGAUAAAAGAUUAACUGAAGAAUUGGUUAAAGAAAUUAAAUGUGUUGUUAGAGACAAAAUCGGGGCUAUUGCUAUUCCUGAUGUUAUACAGCAAGCUAAUGGACUACCCAAAACUCGUUCCGGAAAAAUUACAAGACGAAUAUUGAGAAAAAUUGCAGAGGGUGACAAACAAGCAGAUUUGGGUGAUAUUUCGACGCUUGUAGAUGAAACUAUAAUUGAACAUUUGUGGGAAAAUAGACUAAAAGAAAUAAGGACAACUGGAUAA